AUGGCGAUGGGCCUCUCCCCACAAGCUGCUCGCCAGACGUCCCAGAAGAGCUGCGAGGCUGAGCCCAGAGUCUUGCCCUCUCAGAGCCUCCUGCAGGAGGACGACCCAGAGCCCCCGUCCCAGCAACUGCAGGCCGCCGGUUCAAGGGGCAGUGAGCCCCACAGCAACCUUGACCUCUCCCGUGGGCCCCUGGUGGCCUUGGAGUACCUGCCCUUCUUUCGCACCUACGGGCAGCUCCUGGCUGAGGAGGAGCUGGCCCCGCGGCCCGAGGUUUGCAGGGACCGAGGAGGAGACCAGAGUAUCAGAGAGGAGGACUCAGAACCACCCAGUGGCUUCUUCCCUUACUACCGCUCCAAGGAGGAACGUUUUCCCAGCCUGGCCCUUCCUGGCAGGUGGUGUGCAGGCUCCCGUGACCCGCCCGCCAGGAGGGAGCUGCAGGCUUGCUGCUGCUGCAGGACGACAGUCAACGGCAGGUGUUCUGUGAGUUGGGGAGGCCACAGAGGGUGCAGGGUGCAGGGUGCACUGUCCCAGGGCCCCACACCCCAGGAGGCUUGACCAGGCCCCCAAGGUCGGCUGGGGCUCCUGGAGCAGCGUGUUGUUAGAUAAGGGCACAGAGCCUGGAGGCAGGCUGCCUCAAUCCCAGCUCGGCCACUUGCUCAGAGAAUGUGUUUUAAGCCUCAUGACCCUCAGUUUCCUUAUACAAGACAGAAAGUAAUAGUAGCUACUAUUUGUUUAGUCCUUAGGCUCCCAGACAAAUGGUUCGUGUGUGUCAUUUCAUUUUUCCUAGUAAUAGUCCUAUGAGGUAGGUCUUGUUAUUUAUUCCCAUUUUAUGGAAUGAGCCUUGGAGAAGUUAAGCGACUUGGCCAAAGACAUUGCUAGCAAGAGCAAUCCUGGGAUUUGACCCAAAGCCCGUGCCCUCCAGAGUUCCUAAAGCCACUCCAGCCCCACAAAGCCGGCAACUUGCCCUGUGACUGCAGGAUGGAGGAGGUGGGAUGCGUGGGUUCUAAUCCCAGCUGGGAGCCCUGGGAGGGCUGAGUGACGUCACAUCGCCGAGUGCUUCCCUUCUGUAGAAGGUACGGCCCUGGCUUCUUCCCCUACGCUACUGUGGAGUGGAGGCACAGGCCAAUCCUGGGAGCCUGGCUGACCAUCUUGUCUCCUGCUGACCCAGGCUGGCCCGGCAGGCCCAGACCUCAUCUCUGGGCUCUCUCACUCGCCGACUCGCUGCCCCACCCUACUGGCCUCAGCGGGGCACUCCCGUGACAGCGGCUUG